AUGCUAGCAGCCAUUGGCGAGGGAACGUGCAACAGCACCACCACCAGAAUUCCUUAUGCACAAGGCAUCCGCCCGGCCCAGGUCGAGACCACAACCCCCCCAGCAGCUCCAGCAGCAGGAUCAGCACAUCAGGACCGGGCCUGUGAGUUUGUGGAGUGCCCCAUGAAGGCAGAAGACAGAGAAAAAUGUGUGUCUGACAUCGAUAUGAUGCCUCCAUCCAACCAGCAGCACGCCCUAGCUCUUCUUCUAGUAGAUCAUAUGAGAUCCAAAACGAAAUAUAUAAAGACAAUUAAAAAGUGGAGCUUGGAAUUGGGGCUAACCAGAAGAUUGUUCUUUGGGAAGUUGAUACUGGUGCUUCUGCAAGAAGCAAGGAGGAACAUCAAGGUUUACAUCCAUAUCCAGAGAACUGUGAAAGUAGACGUGGAUUCAUCAGGAAAGAGAUGCAAAGAGAAGAUGAUGAGAGUUCCUUGUGAAACCCCAGUCUCAGACCUCAAACAGUUAAUGAUUUUCUCAGCUGUUCUGUAUGAAUUUGUGUCUUAACUUGGCAUUGUACAAUUGGGCAUUGUAAAGGUCUUAGCAGUAAAUGUGUUCAAGGUAUCCGAGACAAUAGCCAGCAGCCACAUGCUCUUCCAAGAACUGUCUCUAUGCUGUGUCCUUGAUUUAUCUUACUGCUCCUCAUGACUCUGUCAUCCAUCAUUGCGUUUCUUUCUCUCUUUCAUUCACAGGAUCUCAUCUUUUAAAGUCAAAGUAAACGUCUGAUGAACAUUAAAUGAUGGGUUACAUUUCUGCAUUGACAUGUAAAAGGUCAUUAAUUAAUUGUUUUCAUUGAUUGUAAUAUUUUGUCAUCUUUGACUUUUAUACAGUAUACCAUCCACAAGAUGGCAGCAAAGUCUACCAUCUCAAUCCGAGAUUUGUAAAGUUGUUUGUUUGUUAGUCUAUUCCCAGUUGAAAAGUUGUACCUUUCUACUCCUGACAGAUUUGUCCCUCCCUCUUGUAGCUCUUCAACAUGUUGAUGAUGCAGGUUGAUGGUAAAUACAAUAAUGUUAAGGUCAUAUAGAAAAACAUUAAGCGGUGGGCAAAACCAGGAUGUAAGAUAGAAGUUACAUUGUAGGACGAAGUAACAACAUAUACUAUUACACUAUUCAUGUAACUGCCUUUUAGCGCCACUUAAAAAUACUGAACUGAAAGGUUGUUGCAAAGUUUAUCUCAAACUGUGGGAAGUACCACUCAUCAUAUAUUCCUGCCUCCAUCGGCCAUAAAUAAAACAGAGCCCACAACACAACCAUUACUCAGAGUUCCCUGUAUGUCAAUAUCAAUUGUUUUUCUCCCUUACAGAAGGCCUGCAAAUUAGGCCAUUUAUAUGUUAGGCAGUGUUUUAUAGUUUUAUUGAUCUCAUCUUAAAACAGCUGCGUAUUGGAAGAUGGAUGUCUUUUACAUUUCGGAGGCACAUUCAAUAAUAUCAGCUUAUUCCUGUCCUGUCCUGCCCAGCCAUCGAGUUAUUAUAAUUAGAAAUUACAAGCAGAGAAGUAGUCAUGUUGACUGUUGUACCUAUUAACCAGCUGUCAUGGGUAUCUGUACUGAAUACCUCAGGUUGUUGUUAGGAAACAGACUUUGAGGGAUUCAGUGUCACUAUCAAUGGUACAGGUAUAGAAUGUUACAGGAUACAUAUGUGUCAUUAAACAAUAUAUAGGUACAGAAUGGAAUAAAAGUAUUUAUGAAUGGUAUAUUACACAGGUGUAGAAUUGUACCGGAGAGUGUCUGUAUGAAUGGUAGAUGGGUGCAGAAUGGUACAGUCCGUACAAUGGUAUAGAAUGGUAUACAAGUAUCCUUGUGAAUGGUAUAGGUACAGAAUGAUAUAGUGUCUCAAUGAAUGCUAUACAGGUAUAGAAUGGUGUAGGAGAUAGUGCUUGUGAA